AUGUUUAAUCCGGGUAAAGGACAUUGGGAGGAUUUGGAGUUACAUCAAUUGGAUGUAAAGACGGCUUUUCUUCACGGUGAGCUUGAAGAAGAAAUCUUUAUGAAGCAACCGGAAGGUUUUGAGGUAGCCGGUAAGGAGAAUCAUGUGUGUAGAUUGAAGAGGUCAUUGUAUGGGUUGAAGCAAUCUCCAAGGCAAUGGUACAAAAGGUUUGAUUCCUUUAUGAUUUCACAUGAUUUUGUUAGAAGUUCUUAUGAUAGCUGUGUUUAUCUUAAGAAAUUUGAAGAUGGUUCUUUACUAUAUUUGCUCUUAUAUGUUGAUGAUAUGCUAGUAGCAUGUAGCUCUUUGCUUAAGGUGGAGGACUUGGUUGAUUUGGAGUUACAUCAAUUGGAUGUAAAGACGGCUUUUCUUCACGGUGAGCUUGAAGAAGAAAUCUUUAUGAAGCAACCGGAAGGUUUUGAGGUAGCCGGUAAGGAGAAUCAUGUGUGUAGAUUGAAGAGGUCAUUGUAUGGGUUGAAGCAAUCUCCAAGGCAAUGGUACAAAAGGUUUGAUUCCUUUAUGAUUUCACAUGAUUUUGUUAGAAGUUCUUAUGAUAGCUGUGUUUAUCUUAAGAAAUUUGAAGAUGGUUCUUUACUAUAUUUGCUCUUAUAUGUUGAUGAUAUGCUAGUAGCAUGUAGCUCUUUGCUUAAGGUGGAGGACUUGGUUGAUUUGGAGUUACAUCAAUUGGAUGUAAAGACGGCUUUUCUUCACGGUGAGCUUGAAGAAGAAAUCUUUAUGAAGCAACCGGAAGGUUUUGAGGUAGCCGGUAAGGAGAAUCAUGUGUGUAGAUUGAAGAGGUCAUUGUAUGGGUUGAAGCAAUCUCCAAGGCAAUGGUACAAAAGGUUUGAUUCCUUUAUGAUUUCACAUGAUUUUGUUAGAAGUUCUUAUGAUAGCUGUGUUUAUCUUAAGAAAUUUGAAGAUGGUUCUUUACUAUAUUUGCUCUUAUAUGUUGAUGAUAUGCUAGUAGCAUGUAGCUCUUUGCUUAAGGUGGAGGACUUCGCCUUUCAUUUCAUUAAGACUGGGUCAACGGGUUCCCAUUUAAGCCGAGUCGGAUACCCGAUUACGAAUUUCAUGGAAGAUGAUCGAAGUAUUGAACCCAGAGAAGAAGAUAGAGCAUACCAAGCGAAAUGA